UGAGGGCCCACAAAAGUUUUGAACACAGAUAAGGCCAGGUGUGACUGUGUGUAUUUGGCAUGCCUAGCCAGAGUUUGUAUCUUCAGAAGGCCAGCUCAGCACAAAUAGAGGAAAGAAGAUAGACAGGGGGCGGGACCAAUUAUGAGGUGAAGGGAGACCGUGAAGAAGGGAGGGAUGGAGAGACUGGUCCAACACAAGUCAGACAAAGCAGAGGUGAAGUGGAGCAACAGUUUUCAGAGCGUGCUAAGAAGAAGUUUGACCUUACUGUCUUUUGUAUUCGCCUAUGCUUUCUUGUCAUUUACUCUGAUGAUCGGACAGUGAAAUAGAGAUGUUUUGGUAUCUGCACUUUUCCAUUUGAGAUUCUUCAACAUUCUGAAAAGGGAUUCUUAUCUUUCACAAAGCUGUAUUCUGAGGCACUGACACUUGUGGCAGACCUUGAGAUUAGUGAGACUGGAAGAUGGAUUAAGGAGACACAUCCCAGAGUUUUCCACUGGAAUCAGGAACUGGAGGUUUUGGCAAGCAUGAAACUUCAACACUUCCUAAACAAGAGAUCCCAAAACAGCCAGAAAUGGUGACGGAUGUGCCCACAGCCCUGUCUCAAAGAGGGCAAGGAGGUGACGACCUCCUCCUUUCUUCUUCAAACUCCUCUAUUACCACCUCUUGCAACAUUGAUGAGUCCUACAAGUACAUCUUUCUCCCUAUUUGUUACUCCUUUACAUUUGUCUUCAGCAUCACUCUCAACUCUGUGGUGCUCUAUCGCUCCUUUCGCCACACUAAGCACUGGAAUGCUUCCCUGAUCUACAUGGUGAACUUGGCCACAACUGACUUCAUGUAUGGCUUGUCCCUGCCAUUCCUUGUGGCCAGCUAUGUCAUGCGUGACAACUGGGUAUUUGGAGACUUCAUGUGUCGCCUAGUACGCUUCCUCUUCUACUUCAAUCUGUACUGUAGCAUCUUUUUCCUCACUUGUAUCUCUGUGCAUCGCUACCUGGGCAUCUGUCAUCCCAUGAGGACCAUCACCCUGGAGACCAAGAGAGCUGUGAAGGGCACUUGCGUUCUAGUGUGGGUUGCUGUCUUUGCUCUAACGUGCCCAAUUUUCAGAUUUGCGCAGACAGAGUAUCUUCCCCGUCGAAGGAAUGGUGGAGCAUCAGAGGCAAUUGUGAACAUCGAUGCCACAAAUAUAAGUGUGGAGGGGUUCCAAAACUGCUGGGACGAUGCUAUUGAUAAGGAGUUUCCAGACUAUGUUCCUUAUGGGAUAACCCUUCAUCUCUUGGGUUUCUUUCUGCCUUUUAGCAUCAUUGCCUGGUGUUAUUCACGUGUGGUUAUGACGAUAUUCCGAACAUUGCACUCCCAACCUCCUGCCAAUGGACCAGGGACAAAACGUGAAAGCAGGGCGGGGGCAGAAGGCAUGUCGAUCAUUCUAGGGGCUCACUCACCUUAUGUGAACAGGCGUCGGAAGUCCAUCAAAACCAUCAUAACCAUCACUCUCCUCUUUGCCCUUUGCUUCUUCCCCUUUCAUGUGACCAGAACCAUAUUUUUGGUGCUUAAAGUGACCAGCAGGGUGCAGUGCCAUACAAUGCAAAUGGUCUCCAUUUGUUACAAAAUCACUCGCCCACUCGCCUCCUUCAAUGCCUGGCUCAAUGCUUUGCUCUACUUCCUCACCAAGGAAAAAAGUGCGCCCUGCUGCCACAAGCCACAGCCCUCCCAACAUGGCCUCCUCUGGCCUUUGAGGAUGUUGGGAAAGGGAGGGAAUGGAGAGGAUGAAGCUGAAGAGGCAGGGAACCAUAAAGACAAUGAAUUCAAGGAAGAAAACAACAUAUUCAAAGAUCUACCUUGAUCUACCUUAAUACCCUGAAUUCCAGAGAAGACAGCAAAAAUGUAGGAUGUUUCUGAGGUGUUAGCACCAUGAGUUUACCUGGUGUAUAGUCAAAUGUAUAGAUGUAAACAUGUAGAUUGCCUUUAAACUCUUUAAAAUUCUUAUAUCCACAUUUUGUUCUCAUUUGUGCACUUAUGUGAAAAGUGGGGAAAAAUAGAGAUUUCCUAAUGAAUAAUAAAUAAUGUGAUUCUUAGCAGAGUGUUUCCAUACAAUUGAUUUGGUAAUAUUGUAUUGCGUAUGACCUGUUUUUGUUCUCUUUGUUCAUUUUACCUCAGUAUAAUGAUAACACAAAUAAGCUGCUAUGACAUAUUGCGUAUCAGAUUACUUGAGGACUAUUUGCUUUUGUUUUUUUUGUUUUUGGCAUACCUCAUUGUGGACUUGGGUAUUUUGUUCAGUAUCUGUGACUGAUGUUGCUCACAUGUGAAUGAUUAAACUGCAAACAACCUGUACCAGCAUGUACAUUUGAGACCACUGAAAAAUACCAAAACUCAAAAAAUGAUGAGAUGUGUGACAGGUGAAAAUCCAAACAGAUAUUUCUUGAAUCGCGCUUGUGAUUUACAAUUGUUGCAGUUGGAGUUAGGAAGAGAUUUGAAAAGGAUUAGUGUCAGGGUCAAUGAAAUUUCUUUCAAAGUCCAUUCACUGUCCCUCAUGUGAGAGUCAGUAAGACAAGAGGGAUUCACAAUUGGUUAUGUAUUAGGUGAUGUUAAUUAUUUUCAUUUUUUUUUGCCCCCCAAAGGUUAACUUAGCACAUUUCAGUGAUACUGAAGAUAUAUAAUCAUAGAAUUCCUUGUUUUCAGAAAUGCAUUUGCACAUACAAUAAAGUGCCUUCAUUUUAGCAUGGUGUCUAGGUAGCCUGGUAGCGAUAUUAGACAGAACUAUUGUUCUCAUUUUGCUCACUGUCACCUUUUUCUCCCUGCCAGUCACUUAAACUAUCCAUCCAGAAACAGGUGGACAACUGAGGUCAUGGGCUUCUGCUACUGUAACUGUAAUAAAGUUUUUAAACUGAA